CUUUCUUUGGCUCGACUGCGAUGGAUAUCGUACCAACGACGCUAGUGAUCAGCAGGAAACCGGCGCUGAGGAAUCGGAAAUAAAGAACGACGGAAUUCCAAGAAAACUGCUUAUAGGGCUCUAUGUUCUAUAAAUGUAAUCUCUCGGGCACAAUCCGUCCUGUGUACAGUGUGGGUGAUUUGCGCCCUUAUUUUCUGGUUAUUUUACUGCGAGGUCGAGGUUCAAGUGGGUGUACAAUGAGUUUCACGAGUCUUCGCGGCUAUUCGAGAGUAUUGGCGAGUAUCCGCGAGUAUCUUGUGUUCCACGUGUGUGCGCUGACGGAUGACGGCCUCAUCAUGAAGUCAUUCCUGUGCCCUGAGUCGACGCUGUUCGAUCAGACGGUGCUCAAGUGCAACUGGUGGUUCUACGUGGACUGCAAAGCAUCGCGCCGCCUCUACGACUCCAACAUUCCCGUGUCCAAAAGCUACCAGCUCAUGAAGGCACUCGCCUUCUUCUCCUCGUACAAGAAAACCCAAGAGGAUGGGGAGCCACAAGCACCGCGAGGGCGGGCGCUGCAGCAGCAGCGUCUGCUACCAACCAGACGACACUCUCCACGACCUCGGGGUCGGGGGCCCCGGCCCCGCGACCACCGCUUCGACGACAGUGUCAAGUCGGACGCCAACACCUGCCGGAGUCAUCGACGGUGACUCCCCGUCAACUUCUGGGAGCUAGAAGCCCGCUCACCGCGUUCGGGACGGAUCUCCGCGCGACAGAGACAUGACUCCCCAAUGCUUGCCUGGAUAUGCGUUUGUUCUUUCCGUGUGAAAAUGGAUCUAGAUUAAGUAAAAGACUAAGAAUUUAGUCGAAAUUAUGAGUUGAAUGUUGUGAUAUUUCCAACACAACUUGAUUGUGUUGUUUUUGCUCAUCAGCAAUUUCAAAAUGAAAGAGUUCAGUAAAAAGAAGAAAAGCUAGCAGGCGACCAGGAACACACAAAAGUUUGAUCAGGCACGAGUAAAUUGGCUUCUCUUCAGUUCCUGGCUGACCACCCUGCUUUUAUUUACACUGAAUUCCUAUGUACUAUAGUUUUAAUGAAUCAAUAACUUAUAAUAUAUUUAUGACAUGCAGUUACGUUGAAUGUCCUGUACGAGAUUAUUGGGAAUAUAAUACUGAUUUAGAAAGCUCA